UAAAUUAGUUAGAGAAAUAAAGCCAUACAAAAAAAAUCUCUUAGAGUUGCUUUUAUUUAUUUAUUUAUUUUUUUUGUUGGAUUUCACAGUGUUUUAUAUUAUCACUUGUAUACACACAGGCAAGGCAAGGCAAGGCAAGGCGCUUUUGUGUGAAAAGCCAAUUCAGUUGCUGUUUUUGGGAGGAGAAAUUAAUUAACUGUAUAGCGAAAGGAUGUGGAAAGUUAAGUUGGGAAAGGGAGAGAAGGAGGAAUAUUUGUUCAGUACUAACAACUUUGUUGGAAGACAAACAUGGGAAUUUGAUCCAAGUGCAGGCACUCCUCAAGAACGAGCCCAAGUUGAAGCUGCUCGUCAAUCUUUUUACCAAAAUCGAAAUCAUGUUCAAUGUAGCAGCGACUUGCUUUGGAGAUUUCAGUUUCUAAGAGAGAAAGAUUUCAAACAAACAAUACCAAAAGUGGUAGUGGAAGAAGGAAAAGAAAAUGAGAAGGAAAUUGUAAAGAUUGCAUUGAAAAGAGCUGCGACUUUCUUUGUAGCUUUACAAAGCGACCAUGGCCACUGGCCUGCAGAAAAUGCUGGCCCUUUGUUCUAUCUACCUCCUCUCGUAUUUGCAUUGUACAUCACUGGAGAUCUUGAUAUUAUAUUUUCAAAAGAGCAUCAAAAGGAAACCCUUCGCUAUACUUAUUAUCAUCAGAAUGAAGAUGGUGGAUGGGGGCUACACAUUGUGGGAGAAAGUUGCAUGCUUUGCACUGUCCUGAACUACAUCGCAUUGCGUUUGUUGGGAGAAGAAGCUGAGAAGGAUGCGUGUGUUAAAGCUAGAAAUUGGAUUCUUGAUCAUGGAGGUGCUCUUUACAUACCUUCUUGGGGAAAGAUUUGGCUUGCUAUUUUGGGAGUGUAUGAAUGGGAGGGGACAAACCCAAUGCCACCAGAAGUUUGGAUGUUUGGAUCAGAAAAAGUGGGUAAAAUUCUAGGAGCACUCUUUUGCUAUUGUAGGUUGACAUACCUUCCAAUGUCCUACUUAUAUGGAAAGCGCUUUGUGGGACCUCUCACUCCUCUCAUUUUACAACUUCGUCAAGAAAUCUACACUCAAUCUUACUCCAACAUCAAAUGGAAUCCAGCGAGACAUUACUGUGCAAAGAAGGAUGAAUGCUUUGAACGUCCAUUGAUUCAAAAGUUAGCAUGGGAUGCUCUUCAAUACAUUGGAGAGCCUAUUCUGAGUAGCAGAGCAUUUAGAAGAGUUCGAGAUCGUGCUAUCCAAAUAAACAAGCAGUUCAUCGAUUAUGAAGAUUAUUGUAGUCGAUACAUCACAAUUGGAUGUGUCGAAAAGCCAUUAUGCAUGGUUGCUUGCUGGGCAGACAAUCCUGAUGGUGAAGCGUACAAGAAACAUGCUGCUAGAGUUAAAGAUUACUUAUGGGUUGGUGAAGAUGGAAUGAAGAUGCAAAGCUUUGGAAGCCAAUCAUGGGAUGUUGCCUUUGCCAUUCAAGCAAUUCUUGCUACUAAUCUUCAUGAUGAAUUCUCAGACGUACUAAAAAAAGGGCACGACUUCAUAAAAAAAUCACAGAUAAAGGAGAAUCCUCAUGGAGAUUUCAAAAAAAUGUAUCGUCACAUAUCAAAAGGAGGAUGGACAUUCUCUGAUCAAGAUCAUGGAUGGCAAGUUUCUGAUUGUACAACAGAAAAUUUAAUGUGUUGUUUGAAAUUAUCAACAAUGUGUCCAGAAAUUGUGGGAGAUCCUAUGGAACCACAAUGCUUGUUUGAUGCAGUUAACUUGAUUCUUUCCUUACAGGCAAAAAAUGGUGGAAUGGCAGCUUGGGAGCCAACUGGUACUGUACCUGCAUGGUUAGAGAAACUAAACCCAGUGGAAUUCUUGGAGUACACAGUACUGGAGAAAGAGUAUGUAGAAUGCACAUCAUCAGCAAUACAAGCCCUAGUGCUAUUUAAGAAGCUAUUUCCAAGCCAGAGGAAGAAAGAGAUCAAUAAUUUUAUAGAAAAAGCAACAAAUUACAUCAAAGAAACACAGAAAGAGGAUGGAUCAUGGUAUGGAAAUUGGGGAAUAUGUCACACUUAUGCUACUUUUUUUGCCGUCAAAGGAUUAGUAGCAGCUGGAAGUACUUAUGAUAAUUGCUCAACAAUUAGAAGAGGUGUGGAAUUUCUACUUAAAGUUCAAUGUGAUGAUGGGGGAUGGGGAGAGAGCCAUAUUUCUUGUACAAAAAAAGUAUACACUCCUCUUCCAGCCAAUACUUCCAAUCUAGUUCAUACUUCUUUUGCAUUGAUGGCCUUGAUCCAUUCUCAACAGGCAAGGAGGGAUCCAACUCCUCUUCACCGUGCUGCUAAGCUUCUAAUUAACUCUCAGUUGGAAGACGGUGAUUACCCUCAGGCAGGAAAUAACGGGAGUUUUUAUGAACACAUGCAUGCUAAAUUAUGCAUUGUACAGGAAUGUGUUUCCACUAUGGGCACUUGCAGAGUAUUAUAACUUUGUUUCCUUACCUUAAAAGUCUCUUCCUCCUACAUUCGUGGCCAACAAUAUUUAUGUGUUGGAUAAUUAAAAUGGGUACAAAAUAAGGUGACAUGCUUGUAAAUAUGUCACACGCAUAGAUAAUUACAAAAUAUAUAUAUAAUAUAUAUAUAUAUAUAUAUUUUUUUUUUAAUUUUGAAGUCUUUCGCUAUCACUGCGUGGAUAUACCAUUUAAUUUUUAUAGUUCAAGGAUUUGGAAACUUUAAAUUAUGGUUGGGCUAUUUUAGUAUAGUCUAAAGGAGCCCUGUUUGAUUUUGUUUCUUCUAUGGUGGAUGAGCAAUUAUUUA